CCAGGGAGGGAGCAGAGGGUCGCGGUGGGGCAGGACCCACCGCGACGGAGCCGGUGCCCCGGGUGUGCAGGCACAGCUCCUCCCGGGGAUGCUCAGCCCCCUCCCAAACCCCGUAACCUGCCUUCCCCGGGGAAGCGUUUGAAAAAUUUCCUUUGAUUCUCACACCCUGCAUAAAACAGGAGGCUAAUCCGAGAGUAAACAUCUCCUUUAACCCCAGCCGGGCGGAGGAGGUUUGGAGCUGCCUGCAGCUCCGGGCAGGACCCCGGGGAGGGAGCGGGGCGGGGGGGGUGGUGGAAGGCAGGGCUGCCCGCCCGGCUGGCGGAGAGUCCCCGCAGCAGAUAGGCACCGCGCCAGCGCUGCUCACCGCCCCUCUCCGCGGGCAGGCGAGCCCGGCAGACCGGCUGCGAUGCUGCCAGGAGCCGGCUGGCCUGCCCGCAGCUCUGCCUGUUGAUAUGGGCAGCCACGGAGGUGGGGCUGAGCUCCUUCCCCUCCCUCCCGUUCAGCAUCCCGGGGUACGGGAGAAGGAAGAUUCGGGGUAGCGAGUAACGGGACCGGCUUCGACCCUCGCCGGGACGAGAUGGGGAGGAAGCUGGACCUCUCCAAGCUAACCGAUGAAGAGGCCAAGCACGUUUGGGAAGUCGUUCAACGGGAUUUUGACCUGCGAAAGAAAGAGGAGGAGCGGUUGGAGGAGCUGAAAUGCAAGAUCGACCAGGAGAGCAGCAAGAGAGAGUUCCUGACGAAUCAGUCCCACCUCAACGACACCCACUGCGUCCACUGCCUCCAGCCCUUCAAGUUCCUGCUGAACAGCAAGCGGCAAUGCCUGGACUGCCGCUUCUACACCUGCAAGAACUGCAGCCGCUACAACAAGAAGGAGCAAGGCUGGGUCUGCGAUCCCUGCCGCCUCUCCAGGAUCGUGAAGAUCGGCUCCCUGGAGUGGUACUACGAACACGUGCGAUCCCGCUUCAAGAGGUUUGGAAGUGCCAAAGUGCUGCAGUCCCUCUACGGCAGGCUGCAGCCACGGCAGGGCGCGAACUCCGCGUUUCUAGGUCUUCACGACAGAGUUUACAGCCUGCCAGACAUUAACAGUGAAUGCCAGCUCCUCACCAGCGGUGGCAUUGGGGACGACAGCGAUGAUGAAGACGAUGUACUUCGUGGAGCUGAAGCAGAGUGCUACAGCAGAAUGCGCAAGACAAAGCGCCUGCUGUCUGUCCAUCCCUUUGAUUUUGAGCUGGACUCGGAGUACUCUGCUCAGUCUCGCCGCCAGUCUGUGCAGCUCUCUCCAGCGGCCAGCAGCCCGGACGCCUUCCAGCCCUUCCCAGAUUUCCCCAACUCACCCGAAGAUGCCUCACAGAAGGAGUCCAGGAUCGCAGAGGCGGAUCUGGUCUUCCACCACAUCUUGCAGGAACAGGGAUCGGGUGUGAGCCCUCCAGAGCAGCACUUCAGCACAGAGGUUCGGCUCACCGUCAAUUCACGGAGAAGGAGCCUGGAAAGAAAUGUAAAACCUGGCAGCCCCUGGAGCGAGCAGCCCCGGUCCUGGUAUUCGGCAGAUAUGGACACCUCUGACGAGGACACGAAGGGAGCCCAGUUCCCUGCCUACCCACCCCAUCACGCGAAACGCCGGAACAGAGCCUCCUCCCAGGAGAGCGCCAGCCACGCCGGGAAUCAGAUUCAUGAGCUCAACAAACGCAUGUCAGCAAUUGAAUCCAUGCUGAACCGCUUGGAGGAGAAAAUCCUGGUGCGCUCUGACGAGUCUCCGGCCCCAGAGUCCCAACCUGAUCCCGAUGCUGAGGAGGAGGAGCUGAAGAGGAAGCUGGAGGAGUUAGCCAGCAACAUCAGCGACAAAGAAAUCUCUUCUGAAGAAGAAAAGUGUGAAGAGAAGAGAGUGAAGAAACCAGAGAUUAGUUCCUCCAGCGAUGACAUGGCCAGAGAUGCUCGAAAGGUCUACCUGACUGCUGGGAAAACCUACCGGCUUGAGAAAACCCUGAAGGAGCUUGAGGAAGGGGCUCAGCACAGCGGCACUACCGACUCGGAGCUGUCGGAGCUGGAGGACAAAGUGGCCUCGGCAGCCGCUCAGGUGCAGCAGGCAGAGAGCGAGAUAUCGGACAUCGAAUCUCGAAUUGCGGCUCUGUCUGCUGCAGGGCUGACAGUGAAGUCGGUGGAAAAGGCGAGGAAGAAGUCGAGCGGGCAGGCUGUCUGCCUCCGCUCUGCCGGUCCCACCAGCAGCAGUCCAGGGGAGUCUUCGGAUGACGUGAAGGCUGCUCCCCUUCUCUCGCAGGCAAUGCCCGGACCGCAGGGGUUCAGGAGGAAGUUCAACAGUCCCCUCGAAAUCACCGGUCUUGACGACUCCUUUGACCGCAACUCCAUUUACCGCGGCUCCCUGACGCAGAGAAACCCCAACGGGAAGAACCGGAGAGUGGAGCGGCUCUUUGCGAAGCCUGUGAUGACCCACCUGUCCUGAGGAGAGGGGGACCCUCCUGCCACCGCAUUUCACUGAUGAUUCAAGACCUCAGCGUGCAAAACCUCGCCACCUUCACCCCAAUGCUUGCUCUUCCUUCUCCCGCUCCCGUCUCUCCCUGAAACCCUGAACAGGAGGGAAGCCGGAGGCCGUGGGCAGGAGCCUUGCUGGGAGCUGCCGGGCAGAGGAGCGAGGCACUGGGGUGUGGACACGUGUCCAGGGGCUCUCACAGAAGGAUGUAGGCAUGAGACCUCAGCUUUGGGCAGCUCUUUGGUACCAGGUCAACCAAGGGGACCAGAAGGAUGCAGAGCAGGAGUGACCUCCUCGGGGGAAGUUGGAUGUCAGCGUGGGGACUGGGAGCAGUGACAUGGCCCAGCCCUUCACAAAAGGCCAAUGUCAUCUGCCACAGUCAUUGCAUCACUGUCAGAGCCUGUCCUGCACACCCCAGGCUGGUGCUGAGCAGGGACAGGAGAUGACAGCAGGCAUGGGAUGCUCUUGGGUAGAGCAAGGACCCAGGCAUCCCCAGCUGGGAUUCACAUCCCAGCACUGGUCCUGACUCCCUGCAACGUCCCUUGGAGCAUCACUCCCCCUCCCUGAGCAGCAAAGCAGGGUGAGAGCAGCAAAGCAGGGUGAGAGCAGCAAAGCAGGGUGAGAGCAGCGCUGGCUCCCUCCCAGCGAGCACUUGGCCGACAGAUCUUUGCACAAAGCUGUGCAAACACCCACUGAGGCUCCUCGCCACCGUGCCUGACCAUCUGGGGACAUGAGGCAAGGCUUGCAAGAAGCGGUGGCAAGAAAGGUGGAAGAAAGGCCAGAGGGCUUGUUAGGGAUCGGUUGGUUUUUCCAGCUCUCAGAGAUGUCCCCUCUCCCUAUAAGGUUAUACCAGCAAGUUCAGAAGGACUCCAGUAAGCAGAGCGUAGGUGCUUCUCCGGAGGCUUCCCCUGCUCCGCCAUGGAGUCAGCCCAUGCCAAGAGGCGCUUUGCGGAUGAGCAUGUCCCCUGUCCCUGAGGACAGGAUUGUAGGACCUGGUAGGACCAUCCGAUCCUUUGGAGGGGGGUGGCCUUUGGGGGCUGCAGUGGUCCUGGGCUCCUGCCAGGUGACAGCAGCACUGGUAACACCCAGAAAUCCCAAACUCUUUGUUUUCCUCCAACGUUUUAUUUUCCAUGUCUACUCACCCUGGUGGAUCAGUGCCUGGCCCCAUGCCCAGGACAUCGGGACGAGGAGGGGGUUGCUUUCUCUGGCAGAAAACUUUGGAGGACGUUCAUGUCAAAAAGUUUUGCUUAAUACUGGUCCCUGUCCUUCGUAGCCCACACCUCCUGCCCUCCGCAGUGGGCGAUGCGGGGAGGGUCACUCGUACCCGGAGUGGGGAUGUCAGACCGAUGCUGGCAGUUUCCCAGUGAUGGCCGCUUGGACUGGACCUUUGGGCCAUUCCUGUGCAUCCGAACUAAAACCAUUUUAAUCGUGAGGGGUAGAGCGAAUUCUCACGCAAGUAACAUGUACGUUUGGCUUCGGUAGUCGUAGAGACUGCUAACUGCCUGGAAAUGGGUCCCACGGUCAUCCCAGAGCAGUCUUGUAAGAUCUGGGCUUUCCAGCUGGAAACAAAACCAGUUUCUUAUUUUAAAGUGAAAUCCUUCUGGCCUGAAGUUCAGAAGGGGAAGUGCAAACCACUGCCGCUGUAGAAACUCUCCCAGACGCCGCAGCACGGCCGGGCGCAUCUCUUGCUGCUCGGCCAGCCUCGGUGCUAGGAUGGCAGCUCCUUGGCUGGCAGAAGGGAGCUCCACCAAGAUCUGGGCAAUGCUAUGGGUUUGCACCCACCCUUCUGGUGUCAGGGUUCAGCCUUCCCCCCCCAAACACCCCUCUUGCUGUACCUGGUUUCAGCCGUAGCUCAAGUCCUUCCACGCAACUGCUUGACCCUGAGAAGAAGUCCUCGCGGCGAGCCUCAGCAGCGCAAACUAAGGCAUCGUUCGGGCUGUAGUCACCUGCGUUAUUUGCCAAUUUUCUGCCCCAUCUGCCUGUGUAGAGACUAUAUAUAUGUACACUAAAUCAUGCAAUAAAGCCAAUUUUGUG